GUCUGAUAAAUUAGUGUACGUCAUGCGCUGCAGCUUAGCUUUCGGCAGCCCGCCGGUGGUUUGUUGUGUGGGAGCGCGACACCAUCGUCGUUUACUCUGUUUUAAUUUGCGCCCUGAUUAACAUACACAAUGGGUAAAAAGGAAGAAGAUGACAUAGUUAGGAUUGCGAAGAAGAUUGAUAAAAUGGCGCAGAAGAAAAGUGUGUCUGGUGCAUUGGAUCUCCUGAAGGAGUUGAAAAGCAUCGCCAUGACGCUGGAGUUACUUCAGUCGACCCGAAUUGGAAUGUCCGUUAAUGCAAUUCGCAAACAGAGCACCGACGAUGAAGUGACAUCGCUCGCCAAAUCCCUCAUCAAAUCCUGGAAGAAACUCUUGGAUGAACCCGGUGGUGGUGACAAGUCAUCUGAUGAGAAACGGAAGGAGCCCACAACACCCACAGUCACAUCACAGGGCAGCCCUGAGCCCCACGAAGAGAGCUCGAGCAGUAAUUCCAGCAAGAGUGAUCUUGCUGAGGCCACCCCCAACACGCUUAUUGCCACCUUCCCACGAGCGCCUGUCACCUCUGACUCAGUCCGCCUCAAGUGCAGGGAGCUGAUGUCCACUGCCCUGCAGACAGGAGAUGAUCACAUUGCCAUUGGCGCAGACUGUGAUGAGCUUGGAGCCCAGAUUGAGGAAAGCAUCUUUUUAGAGUUUAAACACACAGAUCCGAAAUACAAGAACCGUAUUCGGAGCCGAAUUGCAAACCUGAAGGACACCAAGAAUCCCAACCUGCGGAGGAAUGUGCUGUGUGGGAACGUGUCACCGGAGCGCAUGGCAAAGAUGACUGCUGAGGAAAUGGCAAGCGAUGAGCUGAGGGAGAUGCGCAAGAACCUGACCAAAGAGGCCAUCAGGGACCACCAAAUAGCCCAGACUGGCGGCACCGAAACUGACCUGUUCACCUGUGGGAAGUGCAAAAAGAAGUGCUGCACCUACACACAGGUUCAGACUCGCAGUGCUGAUGAGCCAAUGACCACAUUUGUCUUCUGCAAUGCGUGCGGAAAUAGGUGGAAGUUUUGCUGAAGAUUGGAGGAAUGUCUUCAGCUUGCAGAGGUAGCUUAAUUCCCAGACCAGGAGUCUGAAUCGGUUACAGAUAGGAACUACUACAUCGGUGGUACCUGGUGCACAAAUAUUGCCCCAAAAACACUGAAUGUUCUUUUCCUUUGGUCACAGAACUUUCCCAUGUUUUUAUCUUGACCUGAAAAUCGGCUCAGCUCUCAGACUCAAUGUUGUUGCGUCUCUCCGUUUAUCUACCAUCACUUUUUAUAUGUAGUUUUAACUUUUUGACAACGUUGAUCACAUUUACCUUUUUUUUUGUGUUGCUCUAAUGAGGACUCGUCACAUUAAUUUAAAAUGGGAAUGAAAUGUUCCUUGAAAUAAAUAAAAAAUUAUAAACGUUC